CUCUCUACUAUCACAUUCAGCAUCCCAGGCAUCCCAGGCAUGAAAACAGACCACGACAAAAGCAUGCUGAUAGUAGAGAGGUGAAUUUCUAGUGUCCUCUGAAACUAUGAUGCGAUACGGCCCAAAAGACAGCAUUUGUGACAUCAGACAGCUGCGUCACUUUUUUCACACUUGUAUUGUCGAAUCCUUGGACUUAAAAACAACGUUCAAAGCAAUCUAUAUAUAAAGGUUGAUGCAAAACAAGACAACAGCCCUAGUAGCUCCAACUCGACAGUCUACUUGUACAGUCUCCGUAUGGGAUUGCGACGUUACAGUCACAGGAUUGCGACAGGUGUCCCUCUUCGAUUGUGUUACUGACCAAGGACAAGGUCGUUGAACUAGGAAGAUGCAAGCCAAAAACAAUAAUGACCCGUGGGUUCCACUGAACGGCAAACAAACCAUAAAAUGUGUGAAUAUGCCACCAGAAAAUGCCCACGGACAGAACAUGCUAACGUCUGAUGAGUACAUAGCCAAGCUAGAGGCAAAACUGAAACGGAUGCAGAAGAGUAAAACUGGUCCAUCCUCCAAGGACAUUAUAAACAGUUUAGCUGAAGUGAAGGAACACCAACUGAAUUCCAUGGUGCAGGACACCAUUACUCCAUAUGUGACAUGUCUUGAGGAUUCACAAAGUAGUAACACUUCUGAGUUGAGUGUAUCCUUCUUGCAGAAGAGACUUUAUCCAGAGAGACAAGCUUUGACAACAGAGGAACUGCAGCAAUUAAUUGCAAAUGAUGAACUUGCCAAACGUAUUUUAGAGGAUGAUGUUUCUGAUGGUGAUGUUGAGAAAGGACAGCUAUCUGAGGCAGAAUAUCAGGAUCCAAACUCUAGCUCUGGCUCAUGAUCAUUAAUAAACAUUGUGACUAUUUAUGAAAAUUGUGGAAGUUGGUACAUAAAGGUAACUACUAUAGUCUACCGCUACAGUUUGUAUUUGGGAGCAUAUGUGAUAGAGAAUUGAUAGAAUUCAUUGUAUUUCCUGCAUUGUUCAUUCGAAGAAUAUCCUCAACUAAUUAUGUUUCGAUCCUACCUGUACAAACUCAUACUUGUGACGUUAUGUGUUUUGUUUUGAAUAAUUGGGAGAAAUUUGAUUAAAAGGAAAAUUUUUUAGA